AACGCAAAUACAGUAUUAAAAAAAAGAAAAAAGAAAAGAAAAGCGGGGGGCUCGUGUUGAAGGUGAGUUGAGGUGGAAGAACGAAGCCACCGCACCACCACCAUGUUUAACGAUUCAACUCGGCGGAGCCGCUGCUAAUCAAACUCGCCGCUGUUGUUUAUACAUAUAUAUACACACCACUGUAUUAUAUCUAUUAUACACACACCAUAACACAAUGCCUUUUACUUCAACCAAUAAAAACAAGAAGCUGCUCUCCCAGGAAGAAUCUGAAACAUCAGUUGAAGAGUCAGAUGUUAGUGGUUCUGAAGGUGAUUAUGUUUCCUGGGUAUCCUGGUUUUGCAAUCUGAAAGGACAUGAGUUCUUUUGUGAAGUUGAUGAUGAUUACAUGCAAGAUGAUUUUAACCUUUGUGGGCUAAGCAGUCAAGUUCCGUACUAUGACUAUGCCCUUGACUUGAUAUUAGACGUUGAGUCAUCUCAUGGUGAUAAGCUUGACGAAGAACAUAAUUCAUUAGUUGAUUCAGCAGCAGAGAUGCUCUAUGGUUUGAUUCAUUCUCGCUAUAUACUGACUAGCAAAGGGAUGUCGGCAAUGUUGGAAAAGUACAAUAGCAAUGAAUUUGGGACAUGCCCAAGGGUGUACUGCAGCGAACAAUCAUGUUUGCCAGUCGGUCAGUCAGAUAUUCCCAGGUCAAGUUAUGUGAUGAUCUACUGUCCACAAUGUGAAGAUAUCUACUUACCCAGGACUAGAUAUCAAUAUGCCAUUGACGGAGCUUAUUUCGGGUCAACAUUUCCUCACUUAUUUCUGAUGACUUAUGGGCAUCUCAAGCCACAGCCUGACGCUCGUGGUUAUGUUCCGAAAGUAUUUGGUUUCAAAGUCCACAAGCCGUAAUGCUAGGUACAUUCUUCUGAGAUGGGUUACUGAUUGUCCCUUGAUUCUCUCCCAUGAUGUAGUUGAACUAUUUUAUCAGCUGUCUGAUACAGUGUAGACCGGGUUAGUGCAAUGUAGUAGGGUCUUAUCCAAUUAAGGCAAUACAAAUGUAGUAGGACGCAUGACUUUGGUAGUUUGGUGGCUAAACCAAAAAUGGGUCAUUAGGAGAAGCUAAGCUUUUAUCUUUAUUUCAAGGUCAAAGUUUUUGUUCAAAUUUUAGUGAACAAGCAAUGUUUCCCACAUAAUUAAAAAUGGGUGUUUGUUUUUUCAAAUUAGAUAAAGAGUUCUUUA